GCGGGAGCGGCGGGAGGAGGGGAGGCGCCGGGGGCGCGCGCGCGCGCUGGGCGCUGCUGGGCUGCGGCGGCGGCGGCGGUUACUAUGGCGGAGUCGGCCGGAGCCUCCUCCUUCUUCCCCCUUGUUGUCCUCCUGCUCGCUGGCAGCGGCGGGGCCGGGCCCCGGGGGAUCCAGGCUCUGCUCUGUGCCUGCACCAGCUGCCUGCAGGCCAACUACACGUGCGAGACGGACGGCGCCUGCAUGGUGUCCAUCUUCAACCUGGACGGGCUGGAGCACCACGUGCGCACCUGCAUCCCCAAGGUGGAGCUGGUCCCGGCCGGGAAGCCCUUCUACUGCCUCAGCUCCGAGGACCUGCGCAACACCCACUGCUGCUACACCGACUUCUGCAACAGGAUCGACCUGCGCGUGCCCAGCGGUCACCUCAAGGAGUCCGAGCGUCCUUCCAUGUGGGGCCCCGUGGAGCUGGUGGGCAUUAUUGCCGGCCCCGUGUUCCUCCUCUUCCUCAUCAUCAUCACUGUUUUCCUGGUCAUCAACUACCACCAGCGCGUCUACCACAACCGCCAGAGGCUGGACAUGGAGGACCCCUCGUGUGAGAUGUGCCUCUCCAAAGAUAAGACGCUGCAGGAUCUCGUCUACGAUCUCUCCACGUCAGGCUCUGGCUCAGGGCUGCCCCUUUUUGUCCAGCGCACAGUGGCCCGAACCAUUGUUUUACAGGAGAUUAUUGGCAAGGGCCGGUUUGGAGAAGUGUGGCGUGGCCGCUGGCGGGGCGGUGACGUGGCUGUGAAGAUCUUCUCCUCCCGGGAAGAACGGUCCUGGUUCCGGGAGGCCGAGAUAUACCAGACGGUCAUGCUGCGCCACGAGAACAUCCUCGGGUUUAUUGCUGCCGACAAUAAAGAUAACGGCACCUGGACGCAGCUGUGGCUCGUCUCGGACUACCACGAGCAUGGCUCCCUGUUCGACUACCUUAACCGGUACACGGUGACCAUCGAGGGCAUGAUCAAGCUGGCCCUGUCCGCCGCCAGCGGGCUGGCCCACCUGCACAUGGAGAUCGUGGGGACGCAGGGGAAGCCCGGGAUUGCUCACCGAGACCUGAAGUCCAAGAACAUCCUGGUGAAGAAGAACGGCAUGUGCGCCAUCGCAGACCUGGGCCUGGCCGUGCGCCACGAUGCCGUCACCGACACCAUCGACAUCGCCCCCAACCAGCGGGUGGGCACCAAACGAUACAUGGCCCCCGAGGUGCUCGACGAGACCAUCAACAUGAAGCACUUCGACUCCUUCAAGUGUGCAGAUAUCUACGCCCUGGGGCUGGUGUACUGGGAGAUCGCGCGAAGGUGCAACUCUGGAGGGGUCCACGAAGAGUAUCAGCUGCCAUAUUAUGACUUGGUGCCCUCUGACCCUUCCAUUGAAGAAAUGCGGAAGGUCGUGUGUGACCAGAAGCUUCGGCCCAACAUCCCCAACUGGUGGCAGAGUUACGAGGCGCUGCGGGUCAUGGGGAAGAUGAUGCGGGAGUGCUGGUACGCCAACGGCGCGGCCCGCCUCACGGCCCUGCGCAUCAAGAAGACCCUGUCCCAGCUCAGCGUGCAGGAGGAUGUGAAGAUCUAGCCUGCCCCUCCCUCCGCGUCGCCCUGGGCGGCGGGAACUGCGGAGCUGCCGUGGGAGCGUACGCUGGAGGCUACCUCUCGUUUCUGCCCAGCCCUCCGGCCAGCGCCCUGGCCCGCGAGAGGGACGAGCCCGGGAGACCCGCUCACUCCCACCUGGGCCUGAGACACAGACACCUUUUCUAUUUACCUCCCAAGGCACGGAGACUCCGGGGCCCUCGGGGUGGAGCACUCGGUGCCACGACUUGAACUGGUGGGAGCGGGGGGUCCCGCAGGGUGGCGGCCCCGGGCCCAGAGGAGCAGGUGUCGCCAGUGCUAAGCGGCGCCGCGGGCUUUCCUCCAGGGACCCCCGAGACCCAGGCAGACGGCCCGUCUCCAGGCAGCUGUGCUCCCCUCCCACCUCGCACGGACAUCUGGAGGGGCUGCCCGGGGGUCCGUCUGCGCCUGUGUGCGGCCAUGUGUGCAUGUGCCGAGGUGCGUCCCUGUGUGCCUGCUCUGUGCCCCGCCCGUCACGUGUGCGUGCGUGUGCUUGUGUGUGUGCGUGCGCGCGUGUGUGUCUGUCGGUCGGUGCGCACUUACCUGCUUGAGCUUCCCGUGCAUGUACAGGGUGGGGUGGUCGUCGUGCGUCUGUACGUGCCGGUCCUCGGGUCAGUAGUGAUAGCGUCUGUGUGCCCCCCGCCGCGGCGGCACCCCCGUUCCUUCCCAGCAGGCUGCCCCCCCACCCCAUGUCCACGCAGUCCUCCGUCUCGGACUGGCACCAAAGCUGGCCCCGUUGGCUGCUGCGCGCCAAGGGUCCCUGGAGGGAGAGAGGUGUGACAGCAGGCAGGAGCGAAUCUCGGCCGCUGUGGAGUGCCGUGGCCAGUGAGCCGCCCCCAGCAGCACGGAAGGACCGAGGCGCUCGAAGCCCAGAUCCUGGGACUCCGUCGGAAUGUCACAUCUGUCUCUCAUAUCCCACAUUCUGGAAACAGCAGUGUAUAUUUUUGGUGGUGGUGGGUUUAGGGUGGGGAAGGGGGAGGCCGGGGAGGGGUGGGGGGUGGCGGCCGCAUGGGUCUGUUACUGGAUUAGCUGAUGGCGGUGGAGGGCGGCGUGAGGCCGUGUCGGGCCCUCCCAGAGGGCCGGGCCAGCCGCGCCCACUCCCCAGGGAGUGGACUGUCACCGUGGCUGGACGCCGUGCGGGCUUGGUCAGCGUAUCUUAGAUAUAGAACUUUGAAGCCAUAACUUUUAACUGGAGUGGUUUGAUUUUUUUUUCUUUUUAAUUUUAUUCAAAGGGUCUGGAUUUUAACUUUUUUUAAUAUUGUUUUUAUAAAAGGAAACCAUCUCUGUAUGAUGAUUACCUCUCGAUCUGUUUGUUUUUAAAGAAAUCACUACAAAAACAACCACAAAAAUCUUGUUGGAACGCACAUAGCUCGAUCACACUGGAAAUGACCUUGUUCCUGAGCCUGUCCCCCGCCCUCCCCCCAGAGCCCCUCCUGGGUCUCCUGCGCCCCACCCCCACCCCCAGGGCCGGGAGCCCUUGUGCUGGGGCUCCGAGGAGCCGUCUGCAGGUGCCGGGCACUGAGUUGGGUGCGGAGAGCGUGGAUGUCUGUCGGGGACAGUGUUCCUGGGAGCCCUUGGGGCUAGGCCCGUCACUCUGAUCUAGGACCACUGAGAAGUAAGGGUCCCACCCCAGCAUGGGGGCCGGAGGUGGGUCGUGAGACCCCUGACCCCCAUCACUGCGUUCAUUCUGAGCCCCCUUCCUGCCCUCCCACGCCUGCCUCCAGCCCAGCCAGUCGCCAAAGCCUGGAGGGGGCGGAGUCUCCGUCGCCUCCCCUAUUUAUUUCCUGACGUCUGCGUCCUUGCAUCAGAGGAGACCUUCCCCUCGCCCUUGGGCCAAUUUACUGGCCCCUGAUUGCCCGUGGUACCAAUUGUGUCGUGCGGAGCUUCCUGCCCCCCUGCCCUGCUGCAGAACCUGGCAGGUGACCGGUGACAAUGAACUUAGAUGCCUGCUGGGGUCUCAGCCAGCCUCUGGGAGCUGCCAACACUCCGCCAGCCAGGGACCCCCUUCCGCAAGCCCCUCCCCGCGUGCAGCCCGGCCGCCACCUCUGGGAAGCCUGGGCAGGUCCUUGGGAAGCUCCCCCCCCCCCACUCCUCUCUGCAACACCAGAGCUCGGAGUCCGGAGCCGGGAGGAACAGAAAGACUGGGUUUCUGGGCCCCGGGGCUGCCGCACUGUGGACCCGGUCCACAGACCAAGGCCAAGCCCGUUCUGUCGCCGCCAUCGAGGCCCCCGAACGGCAUUCUCGGUACUUUUGUUUGUUUUUGUACAUUUUAUUAGAAAGGACUGUAAAAUAGCCACUUAGACACUUUACCUCUUCAGUAUGCAAAUGUAAAUAUGUGUAAUAUAAAAAAUCUUUUGUUUUAAUAUAAGAAUGAGCCUGUCCAAUUUCUGCUGUACAUUAUUAAAGUUUUAUUCACAGA